GGCUGUCAGGCGCCGCGGGGUGAUGGAUGCGGGUGCCCGCUGAGGAGGGAGGGACGGAACGUUCCCCGUUUCCCCUCGGCGUCCGGCGCCGCGCCGGGCACAGCCCUGCCUGCAGCGCGGGGUGGCGUCGCAUGGUUCUCAGUGUUCCCCUCUCCUAAGAAAGGCUUCGGAGCCGCUCCAUCCCGGGGCGAGGUGUCAGGAGGCGAGACUCCUCCAAAGUCCCGGUACCCUACCGCAAAAGCAUUCACUUGCCCCCGCGAUCCCCCCAGCCUCCCCGCGGGCCGCUCGCCUCGCAGCCUCCGCACAACUUCACCGGAGCCUCCGCCUUCCCCGGGGCUUCCUUCAUCCCACGCCCACGCCGGCCCUGCGCCGCCCGCCCCCUGGCUCGGCCCGCAUCCCCGUCGCCUUCCCUCCCUCCCCAAACGUGAGUAAGGGAGGCGGGACGAUGGAUAUGCGGAGGUUCCGGGCGGGGGAAGGGAUUGAGUGUGUGCGGUGAGUGUGUGAGAGAGAGAGAGUGUGUGUCUGUGUGUGUGUGUGUGUACACAGCGCUGGGAGAGAGCGCAUGCGCCCUGGCUGGCGGGGCCGAAUGUUUCCCAAGUGUUUGAAACUGGUAUUUGGGUUUUCCACGUUGGAUCUAGCGCGGCGUAUGGGAGAGAGGAGGCUGCGUUGAUAUCGCCGGGGAGCGGCGGCGGCGGCGGCGGUGAGGAGGAGAGCGGGGAAGGGGGGAGCGGAGGAGAAGCGGAGCAGAGCGGCGCUGGCGCAGGCAGAGGGGCUGCCGCUGCCUCUGACAGACACUUUGCAGAGCACAUUUUGUUUCCAGAUUGUUUCGGAGGAGCUGGUUUAAGCCCCCCUCCUUUCUCCUCCUCCUCCUCCCCCCCUCCCCACACACACACACACACACACACACACAAAUCCCUCUGAUUGUUCUUACCACCUCCUUCGUGAAUUACCCACAACGACAGCCAUUCAAUCAGCUGCUGCUGGCUGUAGGGGACUAGCGGAGGGUGUGUGUGUGUCUCUCUCUCCCUCUUUUUCACACAAGACGAGUCAGAUGUAGCUUCCCUCGUUUUUUUGGGGGGGAGCUACCGAGAGAGGUGGGCAGGGAGUGAGACCUUCAUCGGGGUUACCGUCUUUGAAGGGAGCAGCACUUGCUCUCACACAGAGACGUGUGGGGAAGGAUUUCUGUUUCUUUGCCGGAUGAAAAUGUUGAGUCCUGCAAACGGAGACCAGCUUCACCUAGUGAACUAUGUGGAGGAUUAUCUGGACUCCAUCGAGUCUAUGCCCUUCGAUCUGCAGAGAAAUGUCUCCUUGAUGAGGGAAAUUGACGCCAAAUAUCAAGAGAUUCUGAAGGACCUGGAUGAUUACUAUGAAAAAUUUAAACGGGAGACAGAUGCUGUGCAGAAGAGAAGAAUGUUGCACUGCAUACAGAGAGCCUUGAUUCGAAGUCAGGAACUGGGGGACGAGAAGAUCCAAAUCGUCAGUCAGAUGGUGGAGCUCGUUGAGAACAGAACAAGGCAAGUGGACAGCCACGUGGAACUGUUUGAGACCUGUCAAGAGACUAAUGACACCACUGGAAACAGUGGGAAAGCCAGCCAGGAUAAGUCGAAGAAUGAGGCAAUCGCACAGGCUGAAAAGCCCAACAACAAGAGAUCGAGGAGGCAACGGAAUAAUGAGAAUCGAGAAAAUGCCUCAAAUAAUCAUGAUCAUGAUGACAUCACCUCAGGAACACCAAAGGAGAAGAAAGCAAAAACAUCCAAGAAGAAGAAACGAUCCAAGGCUAAAGCAGAGCGGGAAGCUUCUCCCCCUGACCUUCCUAUUGACCCUAAUGAGCCAACAUACUGCUUGUGCAACCAAGUCUCCUAUGGAGAAAUGAUAGGAUGUGAUAAUGAUGAGUGCCCCAUUGAAUGGUUUCACUUCUCUUGUGUGGGACUCAACCAUAAACCAAAGGGCAAAUGGUAUUGCCCCAAAUGUAGAGGAGAAAACGAGAAAACUAUGGACAAAGCAUUGGAGAAAUCUAAAAAAGAAAGGGCGUACAACAGGUAGUUUGUGGACUUUUCAUAGUGAAGGGUAAAACCCACCAAACCAGUGUAUUUAUUGUCAGUGUCACCUUUGUUGAGGUGAAAGAUUGUAAAAUGUAUAUUUUUAAAGGAGGUUUAAAACUGAACCAUUCCUGUUACAGGGACGGCAAUAAGAAAUUUUGGGUUUCAUUUGGUAAGCUGUAACAAACAUGUGGUCUGUGGACCAAUGUAUUCCAAAAUUAUAAGAAUAUUCGGGUGUUUCUUAAAAGAUAAAUUAAUAAUUUUCUUAAUUUCUUUUUUUUUUUUUUUUUUUUUUUUUUUUUUUUUUUUUUAGUGCUGGUAGCACUCUACCCAUAUAAAAUUUUGACAAAUAUCUCUGAAAUGUAAUUUUGUUUUCUUUAAUGAAAAAUGUUAUUUACCUUUUGAGCAAAAUUGAUAAAUACUUUAACUACCUGGCUGUAUCUGAAUAAAGCUGCAAUACAUUGCAAAUGUAACUUUUGGUGAUAAGCAAGAACAAACAAAAGAAGGGUAAAAUUUGGUUCCUGCUACAAAGUGUCAGCAUAACAGUUCAAUAGCAAAUGUUUAAAUAGGCUUAGAGGAUUAUUUUUUAAAACAAAAAGUUAAUGGUUAAAUUUUAAACAACAAAUAUUUUAUAUGCUGGCCAGGUACCACAAAGGCCGUUUUUAAAUGAUUGAAUAUGUUUUGUAUUUAACCAGGAAGUGGUUUAGUAAUGAGACAUAACAUAAAUGAAGCUUUAUACUGUCACAGAUAGUGGUGUAGCAAUCCUUAAUUUGUUUAAGUUGUAUAAAUGUACAUUUUAAGUGGAGUUGCACUUACUGUAUUAUACUUGGAAAUGCAGCCAAAUGCCAUUGUGUAACCAAUGUGCAUUUCCUGCUGUAUGUAUGAAAAUUGUACAGAUGUGAUAUUGAGAAAUAAAUGAAAUGACUUUGA